AUGUCUUCUGGCGACGAUUUCGACGAUUACAACGAUUACGAUUAUCCUGAUGAGCCCAGUUACGCUGACAGCAGAGACUAUGCUGAUCACCCUGAGGACUCAGAAAAUUCCGACGUCUCUGCCGAUUCUGACGAUCUCGGAAUCUACGAAGGGCCAGAGUAUUUUGGAGACUUCGAAAACAGUGUCGAUACUGAAACCACUGAAGUUCUUGGGGAGUCUGGCGAUUUGAGUGGUUCAAACGAAUCUAACGACUUUGAACUCAAAAUGCCAACUGAUAACUUCGAUAACGAGUUCAUGUAUCGUGGCUCUGGAGCCAACAAGGAUACGCUCACUGGUGCAGUCGAUACUUUGGCCCAUCAGCCCCGAACCAGAACUCUUACCAUUAUUCCAACAAGUAGGGAUGGGUCUUACUACUACUCCAACCCGGAUGGGAGCAAGCACUACAACACUGGCAAGGGUGAAUCGUGGUACCAACCACCAGCCCCAACCGAGUCUUCUAACAAGUCUAGCUCCAAGUGA